UGCGCGCAGCGAUUACUGUGCAAAAGGAGGGGAAGAAGAGCCAAAAAGCCAGUGGGUAAAAACAGUCAAUCCGUGGUCUUUUUGGGGUAGCUACUGAGGGAAUGACAGCAAAUGAUAUUUUUUUAAAAGAAUUUUUAUUCCUCUUUCUCUAAUUCGCGGUUUAUUGAGCUUUACGGGAGGAAAAUCGAGCUAGGAAACAUUCAGAUUGGGCGGUCUUUGCAGGACAAGAAAUCUCAACUCGGAUUACAGGUUUGAGGAUUGAAAGAAGUUUUAUUUUGAGAGAUGGGUAAUGCAGUGCAUGUUGUUUAGCUGCGAUUAGCAGAGAAUCGGGUAUCUUUGCAGUGUUUGGGGAUUUGCGGCAUUGGUUCAAUUGGGGCCUGUGACAUAAGCUGGUGUAAGAAAAAGGCAAGUGGGUUUGGUUGGUAAGAGUUGAUGCUUUAGGAGGAGGAGAAACUUCAAUGGGUGGUUAGAAAUAUCUGCAUCUUUAGGAGAGGAGGAGUUGAGGUGGGUGGUGGUUCAGGGCUGGCAUUGGAGAAUUAUCUGGAUUCCAGCCACCGAACGGCGACGCCGUUGGCGUCACCGGCUCCGGUGGCUGGAGGCCAAGCUCAACCAGCCUCUUCUAGUUCAGGUAUUGCUUACUUUACCAACGAGCACAAGCAGAAUUCUGGCAACUUGCAAUUGAGUGGACCUUUUGGCAGUUUGGCUCAACGAUAUUCUUUAGUUGGAAGGGUUGAUUUGGGAAAAGUUGCCGGUGACAUGAAUCAAGUUCUGAACAGUGGAGCAAACUCAGGGCCAAGUGUGGGGACAAGUUCUUUAGUUACAGACGCCAAUUCAACACUCUCUGGUGGCACCCAGCUACAGCGGAGUGCAAGUACUAAUACUGAUUCUUUUAUGCGCCUUCCAGCAUCGCCAAUGUCAUUUUCAUCUGGAAAUAUAAGCAUGUCGGGUUCUUCUGUUAUGGAUGGUUCAUCCUUAGCACAACAGAGUGGCUCUUCAAUAACUCGGCUUGAGUCUAAUCAAGAUCAAACAUCUCAGCAGCAGCAGCUUCAACAGAGGCAGCAACAAGGUGUGUCAACUCCAACUUCACAGCAAAAAUUGCAGCAAACACCACCACAGCAGGUUUCGUCUCAACAAAUCCAAGUCACAGGAAGUGGACCGCAGCUUGCUGGACAACAAAAUGCUGGUAGUGGUCAGCAGCUAGGGCAACAGCACCUUGGACAACGGCUUCCUAGUCAGGUCCUUAUGUCUCCCAAACUUGAAAAGAGUGACCAAAUGCUGCAACCACCUCCAAUGCUGAAGCCUGUGAAACAGGAAGAUGGAAUACAACAACAAGUAGCUCAGCAAAUUAUGCAGAGGUCAACCGAAACUGUUUUGGCUGCCCAGUUUCAGAGGCAAGAAUCCUUGCAGCGGCCUCCUGCGCAGUUGCAGGCUUUUAUUCAGCAACAAAGGAUAUUGCAACAGCAACAGCAACAGCAACAGCAGUUGUUGCAGUCUUUACCCCAGCAUGUUCAGCGUUCUCAUCUUCAGCAACAGCAGCAACAAUUGCGACAUCAUUUGCAGCAGCACAACAUCCAGCCCCCAUCUUUGACCAAGCAACCCACUAUGGAGAAUGGACUCUGUGCACGUCGCCUCAUGCAGUAUAUAUAUCAUCAGCGACAUCGUGAAACUGCGAAUAGUAUCACUUUUUGGAGGAGUUUUGUGGCUGAAUACUUUGCUCCUCGUGCUAAGAAAAGGUGGUGUCUAUCUAAGUAUGGGAAUGUUGGGCAUCAUACUCUGGGUGUUUAUCCUCAAGCUGCAAUGGAUAUAUGGCAAUGUGAGAUCUGCGGAACAAAACCAGGUCGAGGAUUUGAGACAACUGUUGAGGUGCUACCUAGACUCUGCAAGAUCAAGUUUGACAGUGGAGUGAUAGACGAACUCCUUUUUGUUGACAUACCACGUGAAUACAGACUCCCUUCAGGGGUAAUGGUCUUGGAGUAUGGAAAAGCAAUCCAAGAAAGUGUUUACGAACAACUCCGUGUUGUUCGCAAUGGCCAGUUAAGAAUAAUUUUCACUCCUGAGUUGAAGAUUUUGUCUUGGGAAUUUUGUGCAAGAAGUCAUGAAGAACUUUUACCUCGCAGGAUUGUAGCACCUCAGGUGAGUCAAUUGGCAAUGGUGGCACAGAAGUAUCAGAAUGCUGCAGCACAAAGUGGGUCUUCUGGUCUCUCUGCACAAGAUUUACAACAAAAUUGUAAUAUGUUUGUGACAACUGGGCGGCAGCUGGCACGUAAUCUAGAAUUGCAGUCACUGAAUGACCUUGGCUUUUCCAAGAGAUAUGUUCGCUGCCUGCAGAUAUCUGAGGUGGUGAACAGCAUGAAGGAUCUGAUUGACUUCAGUCGGGAAAAUAACAUGGGCCCAAUUGCAAGUUUAAAUAAUUUUCCUCGGCACACUGCUGCUUCUAAACUCCAAAGUCAGCAGAUGCAGCAAGGAGAACCUGUAACAAAUAUUCAGGGAUCAACACCAGACCAAAGUAGCAUGAAAAUAAAUCCUAUGCAUGCAAAUAUGAAUGGCCAGAUGAAUAAUCACCUUGGUGGAAGUGUCAAUAAUUCAUCUCACAAUUCUGCAGCCCUGAGUAACUAUCAAAACCUUCUUCGCCAAAAUUCAAUGCCUACUUCACAGAAUAAUUUACAGCAAGAAGCAUCUUGUUCUUUUGGUGGACCAAGUCAAACCCCCCAGGGUAAUUCCUUGCAAAGUCCUCAUUCCAUUUCAUUUCAGGGUGCAUUAUCCUCAAUGCCUGGAAGCCUUCAGAAUGCUUCUCUUAUUGGUUUGUCCAAUUCCAUCCAGCAAAAUUCUGUAGGUGCAAACUUGCUGCAGCAAACACAUCCACAAUCAUCUCAGGUCAGUCCACAUAUUUCGCAGCAUGUACUGCAACACCUUAUACAAGAAAUGAUGAACAAUGGAGGGACACCACAACAGGCAUUGGUUGGACAAGGUUCAAAUGGAAAUAUUGCAGGGAACAUGCUAAAUGGUUUAAAUGGAUCUGGAAGCCUUGGCAUUGGAUCUAGUGCAGUAAGAAGUGCUGGCAUGGUAGGCAAUGGGUUGGGUUAUGGAAACAACAAUAUUUCUAACAUAGCUGGAAAUACAGGAGGCAAUCUUGGUGGAGCAGGCAAUCUAAUCCCAGGCAGAAGCAAUAGCUUUAGGAAUUUAGCCAAUAAUGCUGUGCCUGUGGGCAGCAUUGGAUCCAGUGGUUUUGGUGGAAGACUCAACUUGGGUGCUGUAGCUCAGCCACACGACAUGCACUUACAAGAUGUGGUUCAAGAUCUUCCACAUGACUUCACGGAUAAUGGCAUUUCAAAUGGUCUGGCAGGAAACGGUGAUACCGGUGAUAUGUCAUUUGGCUGGAAGCCCUUUUGAAGCCAGUUGUAUGCAACAGCUAAGCGCUUGGUUCUUAUAUCACAUGCAUUUUACAUAAUUAUUUAGAUGGAACAAUUGGGCAAAUAUGUGGAAGUGUAAUAUUACAAUUCUGAAUUUUGUGCUGGCAUUUUGGUUGGUUGAAGUUUGAUAUUAGAAUUCACAAACAGAUUUAAAUUAUUGGAGCUGGCAGUUUUGCUCUCAUAAAGGAUAUAUUGUAACUUUAUAUGCCCUGGUUAAGGGGACUCUCAUGCAUCUUCAAAGAGGAGCGUUUUCUUCACCAUAACCAUCUCCAAGUCAACAUUGUAUAGUACUUCGGGCUUUUGUUUCACUGCCUCGUAUACAUUGUUUGUAGUUUUUGUUUCUAUAAAAGGGCAGUUUUCUCUUUGGUUUAAACAUUUUACUUUCAGCCCAAAGCUGUUGGCGUUUGAUUCAUCACAUCCUUUUGUAACAAAGGCUUUGCAAUAUGUAUUAAGAUCAAGCAUUUUCAUUGAA